GUGGCUCACUUUUCCUGCUUGAAGGCAUUCGUCUAUCAACAAUGGAUCUUAGGAGGUCAGGAAACUACAAACCUAGCAUUUGGGAGGAUGGAUAUGUCCAAUCACGAGUUACAUUUUAUGCUGAAGAGAAACACUAUGAACGAGCUGCCGGACUAAUAGAAGAGGUGAGGAGAAUGCUAGAGAAAACAAUCCACCCAUUGGAACAACUUGAGCUUGUUGACAUUUUGCAAAGACUUGGUUUGUCCUAUCACUUUGAGGAAGAAAUUGAUAGAGUUUUGAAGCAAAUGUACGUUAACAUUAAUACUACUAAUAGAAAUGACGGGCAGAAGAGUGAAGAUUUGUGUACUACAGCUUUAGAAUUUCGACUCCUUAGACAAGAGGGCUAUCAUGUCCCUCAAGAGAUGUUUUGCACUUUCAUGAAUAAGGAAGUGAAGUUCAAACCGAGCCUUGUUGUGGAUACUAAAGGACUGUUGAGUUUGUAUGAAGCUUGCUAUCUUUCUAUGGAAGGUGAAAGCAUUUUGGAAAUAGCUCGAGAUUUCACCACUCAUUAUCUCACGGAAAGCCUUAAGAAGAUGACAGAUCAGAAUCUUGCUGAGCAAGUAACCCAUGCUUUAGAAAUGCCUCUGCAUUGGAGGAUGCAGAGGCUAGAAGCAAGAUGGUUUAUAGAAGUUUAUCACAAAAGAGAGAACAUGAAUCCUCUUCUACUUGAACUUGCAAAGUUUGACUACAACAUGGUACAAGCUACAUAUUUGGAGGAACUAAAACAAAUGUCAAGGUGGGAUAAGAACAUUAAACUUGUCAAAAAGAUGAGCUUUGUUAGGGACAGAUUGGUGGAGGGUUUUUUAUGGGCUGUUGGUUUCACUCCUAAUCCUCAGUUCGGAUACUGUCGAAAGUUUUCAACAAAGCUUUCUGUACUCCUCACAACAAUUGAUGACAUCUAUGAUGUUUAUGGCACCAUGGAUGAACUUGAGCUUUUCACUGAUAUUGUUGACAGAUGGGACAUCAAUGCAAUAGAGCGACUACCUGACUACAUGAAAAUCUGCUUCCUAGCUCUCUUCAACUCCAUGAAUGAACUGGCUUAUGAUAUUCUCAAAGAACAAGGCUUCAGCAUAAUUUCACAUAUAAGGAAGCAGUGGGCCAACCUAUGUAAAGCCUACUUACUGGAAGUGAAGUGGUACCAGAGUAGAUACACACCAAGCUUGAAUGAGUUCCUGAGAAAUGCAUGGAUAACAAACACUGGUCCUGUACUAAUAAUGCAUGCUUAUUUUUGCAUCACAAACCCCAUAAAGGAGGAGGAACUGGAAUGCUUAAAGAAUUAUCCUGCUAUUAUUCAAUCGCCUUCGCUAAUUCUUCGCCUUGCAAAUGACUUGGCAACUUCACCUGAUGAAAUCAAGAAAGGGGAUUAUCUUAAAUCAAUACACUGCUACAUGCAUGAGUCAGGAAGGUCUGAAGAAAAUGCUCGAAACUAUAUAAAGCAAUUAAUUGAUCAGACCUGGAAGAAGAUGAACAAAGAUAUACUAAGGGACAGCUCCUUCUCAAAGGAUUUUAGAACAACUGCAAUGAAUCUUGCUAGGAUUGCUCAAUGCAUGUACCAGCAUGGAGAUGGAUUUGGAAUUCCAGAUUAUGAGACAAAGGAUCGGAUCCGCUCCUUAUUCUUUGAACCCAUUCCUCUUUCCUGAAAUGACAUACUUCAAUUUGCCUGUUUAUGCAUGAAGCUCAAUGUAAAAGAACUAAAUAUAUAAGAAUAUCUGUUUUCUAUAUCCAGAUAC